AGAUAUUUAGAAACUUCCUUUUAUUAAUAUAUUCUGAGAGAGUACCAGCCUGUUAUGUUGCCCAGUGGCCCUGAUUUUUUAGUUCAAGCCAUCCUUCUGCCUCAUUCUGAGGGAGUUCAGGCCUGUACCACCACACCUGGCUCUUGACUAAUAUUUCUAAUUCAGGUAUGCACCAUUACCUACAACCACAUAAAUACCUUUUCUGACCCAGGACUGUUUUUGCCCUUUGGGCCAGGGAACCUCUAACUAGUGCCAGUUUCCUCGGAACAUUGCUGUUCCUGAGGGCUCAGGAAAAGGAGAACAACAGAUUUAAUUAACUCCCAGUGACUGGCAGCAUCGUGUUUUUAUCUGGGCUGCGUCGCCAUGGCAGCCUCCUGGUGGGGUUGUCGAGGGGGCGGGCAGAGCUAUUGUUCCUGUCAUUGUCUGCUCUGGAACACAGGCCGGGAGAAAAGGACUGACAUGGGCAGUCAGAGAGUCGGACAGGAGCCAUCUGGAAAGAAGAUGGGAUGGCCAUGGCCUGGCAUUCUUUCAAGCCUGGGGUUCCAGCUGAUUGUGGGCACCAAAGCUGAGUUAAGAGUGUGUGGGUGUGCCAAGGGCAGGGUGGUUCCUUGGGAAGAAAACCAUAAAGAAGUACUCUCCACCAGCUCAGGCUCGGGCAUUGUGGCUAAGCCUAGGUUCAAAUUAGUGCUGCCAUCGAAAGCUUUUGGUGAAGGACUUUCGAGAAGGGCUCAUUUUCUGUUGCGUGGAGAUGGCAAACUGUUACUGCCUGCUGCCCUUAACUAAGCGGUCCGGGCCCCUUGGCCCUCUGCUGUGAUAGCAGGUGGAACGAAAGAUGCCCGUUUGUAGUGAGUGCUGGACCAAGUGAUUCGGAAAGGCAAAUCUCAUCUAAUUUUCCCUCUGCAAAGAGGGAAAGGAAUUGAUGGAAGGGAGGGGGCGGCUUGGAGUAAGAAUGGUGGAGGACUAGUGGGUCUGCGCAUGAGUAGGAGGCGGGGGAAGUCGAGUUGGGGCUGGAAUCAGGCAGACAGUGGCGCCUAGAGGAAGGAAAGGGCCUGGCCCACGCCCAGCGUGCCGCGUCGGGAGCAGACAAACGCACAGCCCCGUGGCAUGCAGAGGCAGCCACCCAUCGGUCCGUGCAGGCACGGCGAAUAGUUGGAGGCCUCAGUGCAGGGCAAAGCCGGGGCCAGGCGGGCUGCACGUUGGGCUCCAGGAGGUCGCUCGCGGCCCCGGGUGAAACAGGCCCGCGCUGGCGGCGCCAUGGAAAGAAGCGGGCACCAAAGCUGCCCCUCGCCGGCAUGCGCGCGAAUUGAACCCCGCCGCAGGCAGCCCCCGGCCGCAGGUCCCCGAGUGACGCUGGCGGCACCUGGGAGCGUGGCGCGGCCUCGGGGCCACGCCGAGGAGCCCAGUGUCCAGUGAAGCAGUCGAGGACCUGCCGCUCGCGCCGCCGCCAUGGUGAUGUCCCAGGGCACCUACACGUUCCUCACGUGCUUCGCCGGCUUCUGGCUCAUCUGGGGUCUCAUCGUCCUGCUCUGCUGCUUCUGUAGCUUCCUGCGCCGCCGCCUUAAACGGCGCCAGGAGGAGCGGCUGCGCGAGCAGAACCUGCGUGCCCUAGAGCUGGAGCCUCUCGAGCUCGAGGGCAGCCUGGCUGGAAGUCCUCCGGGCCUGGCGCCGCCUCCACCGCCGCAUCGCAGCCGUCUGGAGGCGCCGGUGCACCCGCAUUCGCACGUGCACGUGCACCCGCUGCUGCAUCACGGGCCGGCGCAGCCGCAUGCGCACCCGCACCCACACCAUCACGCACUGCCGCAUCCACCACCGCCGCAUCUGUCAGUGCCGCCCCGGCCUUGGAGCUACCCGCGUCAAGCGGAAUCCGACAUGUCUAAGCCACCAUGUUACGAGGAAGCGGUGCUGAUGGCCGAGCCGCCGCCGCCCUACAGCGAGGUGCUCACGGACACACGUGGCCUCUAUCGCAAGAUCGUUACGCCCUUUCUGAGCCGCCGCGACAGCGCGGAGAAACAGGAGCAGCCGCCUCCUAGCUAUAAGCCUCUCUUCCUGGACCGGGGCUACACUUCGGCGCUGCAUCUUCCCAGUGCCCCGCGGCCCGCUGCCACCUGCCCUGCCCUCUGUCUGCAGGCUGACCGCAGCCGCCGGGUCUUCCCCAGCUGGACCGACUCAGAGCUCAGCAGCCGUGAGCCCCUGGAGCACGGAGCUUGGCGCCUGCCGGUCUCCAUCCCCUUGUUCGGGAGGACUACAGCCGUAUAGAGGGGCGCCCGGCGUCCCGGGCCCCACUGGCGAACUCCUGGCCUGACUGCGGGGCUUUUUAAAUGCUUCCCUUGGACUGCGGGAGGGGUUGGGGGGAGGGAGGGAUUUCUUACCCCGUUUGUUACAUUUUGAGGAUAAUAAAGGUGUGUGAUCUGCUUUGGUACAA